AUGACUCGUGAAACAUCAUUAUCUGGCCAAAGAAAUGAUGGUCAGUUUGAGAAAAUUCAGGAAUUUUGCAAACCAUUGAUAUUGUCUGAUAAUCAAUUAAGACGUGUUAUGCAAGAAAUGCACAAUAAAAUGGAAAAAGGAUUGAGCGAUCAACCUGGUGUGAAAUCGUGUCUGAAAAUGUUGCCGUCGUUUGUAAGAGCUGUUCCAAAUGGUACCGAGAAAGGAGAUUAUUUAGCCUUGGAUUUAGGUGGCACUAAUUUCCGCGUUUUGCUUAUACGCUUAAGUGGUACCGAAGCUGAAAUUAUGGGGAAGAUUUAUAGUGUGCCGGAUGCUAUGAUGAAAGGCACUGGAAUUAUGCUUUUCGAUCAUAUUGCCGCGUGUCUGGCUAAUUUCAUGGAAGAUAAUGACCUGAAAGGUGCAAACAAAUUACCACUUGGUUUUACAUUUUCAUUUCCCGUGUCACAAGAAGGUUUGACAUCCGGAAUACUAAUGCACUGGAGCAAGGGAUUUAGUGCAAGCGGAGUACAAGGUAAAGAUGUGGUACAGUUGUUACGUGAUGCAUGUAAUCGACGUAAAGAUAUAGAUAUAGACAUCGAAGCUUUACUGAACGAUACAGUUGGUACCCUAAUGGCAUGCGCAUUUAAAGAAAAUACGUGUCAAAUUGGAGUGAUUCUUGGAACUGGUACAAAUGCUUGUUACAUGGAAAAAUUGUCGAAUUGUCCGAAAUUUAGGAAAUUCAAGUUUCAUGAAGAUAAAUAUCCGAAAGAGAUGGUUAUUAACAUGGAAUGGGGCGCAUUUGGCGAUGAUGGGUGUUUAGAUUUCAUCCGAACAAUUUACGAUUCGCAAGUGGAUGAACGAACGAUUAAUCCAGGAUUUCAUGUAUUCGAAAAAAUGAUUUCUGGGAUGUAUAUGGGUGAAUUGGUACGUUAUGUAUUAGCUUAUUUAGCUAGAGAAAAGCUAAUAUUCGACGGAGAUUAUGACUCCAUAUCUCAACCGCACUGUUUCCCAACCAAAUAUGUAUCCGAAAUCGAAGCUGAACAGGGCGACGGUAAGCUUUAUCAGAAAACAAUACAAAUUCUGGAAGAUAUCGGGGUGGAACGUGUUACGAUUCAAGACUGUGAAAUCGUGGCCUACGUUUGCUCGGUGAUUAGCACAAGGGCAGCACAUCUCACAGCAGCUGGAAUUACUUGUCUGUUGAAUCGUUUACAGAAACCGUAUGUUACAGUUGGUAUCGAUGGGUCCUUAUUUCGUUUCCAUCCACAUUUUGCCAGAAUUAUGGACCAAAAAAUUGACCAGUUGUUGCCAAAAAAUUUAGAAUAUCAACUAAUGUUGUCAGAAGAUGGAAGUGGACGUGGUGCAGCGUUGGUUGCCGCUGUAGCAAGACGUAUUAAACGUGAAGCACGUGAAAUGAGUAGAAAAAGUUGA